CAGCGGUCUAGCCAUGUUGCUUUUCGGAAUAUUCUGCUGCCUGUUGAUUUUAAGUUCCUCAGCGGGUCAAAAUGAAAGGGAAGUGUGUACUCUUCUCUCUGUUUGCGAUAAUAUUGCAGACCUAAAAUCUGAGAUGGCAACUGUGCGGGAAAUUGUGGAAGACUUGGACAAAAAAUUCGAGCAGGAGAAAAAAUACCCAGAAAGCUGCGCUGAUUCAGCGAAGAGUAAGUUACUGAUCCGCUUGCCCGAGUACAGAGAAUUCCCCUUCGAGGUGUCCUGCGAUCAGCACAACUACGGAGGAGGUUGGACUGUAUUGAUGCGACGAGCCGACGGAAGCGAAGAUUUUUACCGCGAUUGGAAGGACUACAAGUACGGAUUUGGUCAGUUAAAUAAUGAGUUCUUCCUGGGACUGGAGCUAUUUCAUGCGCUGACCUAUUCGGAACCCCAGGAGCUAAUGGUUGUCCUGGAGGACUACGAUGGAAAUAAACGCUACCAGCACUACGACAACUUCAAAAUCGGACCAGAGAGUAAUAAUUACACCCUGGAAUCGGUGGGAUCUUCUUAUGGAGACGCGGGAGACUCAUUUGAACAUCAUAUCGGUAUGCAGUUUAGUACUAAGGAUCGCAAGAACGACAUCGAUUCAACGAGGGUAUGUGCAGUUGUAUUUAGAGGCGCUUGGUGGUACUUUCGUUGCCAUAUAAGUGCUUUGACCGGUGUCUAUGGCGAUAGUUCCUAUGGACAGGGAGUACUUUGGUCAACAUCGCAUGGGUUUUAUUACUCACUCAAAAGUGCGGCAAUGAUGAUAAGACCGAAAUCGUAUUCUCCCAAGUGAACUUAUUAUUUUUUUAACUUUUAAUUUAAUCAGUUAGAUAUGUCUACUCGAUGAUAAUGACAAUAUAGAUAAUAAUAAUAAUAGUUGAAAUAUAAAAAUACA